UUUAAUUAAUUCUAUUUGUAUUUACUUCUAUUAAUUGUUUUUAUAAAUCUUAAGAGUUUCCCAUUAGUAAUUUCAAAAUAAUAAUUACUUCAGGCGACCCUUAUCAGGACCGGAUCCGGUCCUUUAUCUGAAGUUGGAUAUCAAUGCAACAUCAGGCAUCUGAUCAGGCCCGUGCUCGCGCCGCGUGAGACGCCGUAUACGUCCCGGUUCCGGUGCCAGAUCAGGUCCAGACAAUUAUUGUCAGGCACCUGGUCCGGCCCUACUUAGCGCCGUAGGUCUAUUUCCAGUCGGGAUGAUGUACAGAGUGCAGGAGCCUGUUUAAAAAAUUGCCCACAAAAGGCGCGCGGAUUCAAUUGCGCAACCGUAACACCACCAAGCAGGACUUUUGCGGAACAAAUCAACAAAACGAAUGCAUUGUAUACAUAUGAUGCUCAUACAUAUGCUAACCUUCAAAGCAUCGAACCUCAAAGUUUUAUUCACAUAUAGACAGAUACAAUAUAUUUUAUUAUUUAUAUUGUACUAUAUUAAAAUCUUCAGACAAUGUUUAACAGAAAAGGUAAAGAAUAUAAAAUUUGGAUGGAUCCUGAUUCUAAAAAAUACAUUCCAAGAUCAACCAAACAUGAUCAUAAAAAAAGAAAAUUACAAAUAUUAACUGACAUGUUGGUAGAUAAUGCAAGUAACAGCGACAGUGACAGUGAUAAUCAGUCUUGUCAUGAAAAUGUUUUCCAAGAUCGUGAAAUUGAACAAUUUGAAGAAGAACAGAUGGAUGAGGUUCACAGUAAUUCAAGUGAGUCUGUAAACAAUGUGGAGAUAGAUGAUAUUGAUAAAGAAGAAGAAUGUGAUAUUGAUAAAGAAGAAAAAUGGAUUAAUGCUUUUUUGGGUGGUCAAGAAAAGUCACACAGUGAAGAAGAGAUACAAUUUCAUAACAAAAUAAAAUCUACAUAAAAGAUGAAUGAAAAUAUAAGCUAUCUUAACAAAAGACUCCCUAAAAAAACUAAUACGAGUAAUACUUUUAAUGUGCAUGUUGUUAGGAGUUCGACAUUCUCUUACUUGGGGAGCAUUAUUGGAUAUAAUGACUAUGAUCAAUAAGUUAUUCGAUAAAGACGUUCUGCAAAUAAGUAAAUAUAAAAUGUUAAAUUUUUUCCCUAAAGGAAAGAUUGGUUUACUUAUCAUAUUUAUUGUUCG